AUGUUGGCAACACUGCCUUGGAGCCUCAGUCCUGGGCUCUGCACUGGAAAUGCUAUUCCUUUGGGAACCACAGCCAAGGAAGAGAUGGGGAGAUUCUCAAAUAAGAACCUUGGUUCAAACCAUCCUGUGUCUCCUCAUAUCACUAUCUACAGGUGGUCUCUUCACAUGGCGAUGUCUAGUUGCCACCACGGCACUGGUAGAGCCAUGAGUGCAGGAGUCUCUCUUUUUGGCUUGUGGACCCUGGUACUGCCUGGGAACUUUGAGUCUCAUUUGGAGCUGGUGAAGUCGCUGUGUCUGGGGCGGGCGCUGAUCCACAUGGCCAAGUUUGCUCUUGCCUUUCUUGUUGCCUACUACACCUGUAAUGUCCAGCACCUGACAUAGGACCUCAGGAAAGGCCUGAAGAUCCUGCAGCUCUGCCAGUCGGGUGUGGUGGUCCUGGAUCUCACUGUACUGUCCUCUAUGGGGCUGGUGGUCAUGUUAGCAGCUCCAGUCCCCACUCUGGCCUCUCACAGAUGA